AUCGGUAAGUGCGGUGUACGUGUUGAAAAUUUCGAAAAGGGAUUAUAAAUUGCUGUAUACGGGGAAAGCCUGAUGUGCGCUCAUCUCUGCAUACUGCGUGUAUGUCGCGUUUAAAUAAUAAUUAGCGAUGGUUUAAAAUUUUUGAAUAAUUUAUGCGUGUAAAAAUCUUAUAAAUAUUUAUACAUUUUCGUUAAAUACUCUCGUCGCAGCUCUCUUUAUAGUGUUCGAACAAAUAAUACAAGUUUUCUGCAUAUAGCGCUUCGUGACGUGUCUGUUUGUUUGUUGGUUUUUUAUUUAAGAAACUAUAGAAGGCUGACGAUUACGGAGCUUAUUCCAGGAGGAAGCAAAAAAACGCAUGGUCGCCAAGAUACCAGGACCGUAUCCUCUGCCCUUUCUUGGUAAUUUACUCAGUUUUGCGGGUAACAGAGAAGAGUUAUGGAAUAAAUUGCGCGCUCUCAUGAAAGGAUGCUCUAUAAAAAGAAUGUGGUUUCCCACGCGCGCGUGGAUCUUUAUUCAGGAUGCAGACGACAUGGAGGUUUUACUAACGAGUAAAGUGAACGUGAACAAAGGACAGGCAUACAACCUAGCGCUAAAGUGGUUGCACACCGGACUUCUUACCAGCAAGCGAGAGAAAUGGACUGAACGUAGGAAAAUUGUUAACACCGGCUUCCACUACAACGUAAUGAAAAAGUACGUUGAGAUUUCGAUCGAAUACACCAAGCAAUUCGUGGAAGAAAUUAAAUCGCAUGGCGAUGAAUGCGUUUUGAAUAUUCUACCGUUACUGUCGGAUCUGACGCUACAAAUAAUUUGCGAAUCGGCGCUGGGCAUCAGCUUGGAUAAAUUAGACAAUAAAGUUCUGCAAGAAUACAAGGAAGCUAUUCGCGAGAUCGACGAUAUAUUUGUAUACAGAGGAGCAAGACCUUACAUCACGGAUUGGAUGAUGUAUUUCUUACCCCUUGGACGUAGGCAGGAUCACGCUAUUAAGAUUCUUCACGAAUUCACCGACAGGAUAAUACGAGAGCGAAAGGAGUAUCACGCUAAUUUCCAGGAGAACCGUUCGUACCAGCAUUUUGUGGACGAUGUGGAGGAGAGCGCAGAAGAUGAUAGUUUCAAAGGAACUAAAAAGAGACUAGUUAUGCUUGAUGUAUUACUAUCAGCCGAACAGGACGGCCUCAUAGAUGAAAAGGGCAUCCGUGAAGAAGUUGACUUACUUGUUCUUGCUGGCCAUGAUACAACUUCGAUUUCGAUGGUGAUUAUGCUGAUGUUGUUAGCUGAAAAUCCAGAAGCACAGGAUCGAGCGCGAGCAGAAGUUAUUCAAGUCUUUAGUGAAAACGGAGGCAAACUGGACAUCAAGGAAAUCCAAAAAUUUGAAUAUUUAGAUCGGUGUAUAAAGGAAGCGAUGCGGUUGUAUCCAGCGAUUGGUAAUUUCAUACGUCACCUAAAUGAAGAUGUUCAACUAAAAAAGUACCUCCUACCCGCUGGAGUUGACGUGGCAUUUUUCGUUUACGACCUUCAUAGAGAUCCCAAACACUGGCAAGAGCCGGAAAAAUUCGAUCCAGACCGAUUUUUAGAAGAAAAUGUCAAGAAGCGUCAUCCAUUUGCAUACAUGCCUUUCAGUGCUGGUCCUCGUAACUGUAUCGGCCAGAAAUUCGCUAUGUUUGAGAUGAAAGUAAUCCUCUCUCACGUUUUAUACAACUUUUAUCUGGAACCUGUUGACCUUACUGCCAGUAUAAGAUUCGAAGUUAAUGUUAUACUACGUCUAUCUCAUCCAGUACACGUGAAAUUUAUUAGAAGAGAUGUAUAAAAAUCACUUGUCGAGCAAAGUUUAACAACGAUAAACGUUAUACAUGGUAUUAUGCGGCAUUGUUCAGUUGAAGUGAGACGUGCUGCAGAUUUGUUCUGCGUCACAUAGUGUUAAUUUUUCUCUAUGAAAAUGUGUGUAUUUUCAAGAGUAAUCACUUUUGUGUUUUGUUUGACUGAGUCUAUUAUGUGUAUGAUUAAAAAAAUUUUAAUUUAAUCCUCAUUUGUCCUCAUGAUGUUAAUCGCUAUUUUUUAAAUUAUGCUAUAAAUAAUAAAUGUAAAUACACGAAUGAA